CUCUUCAAAAGCGAUUUCGCUUGAUUUCAUCAUCGCGACUGGCUGGCUCAAACCUCUCGGCACGGUGAGCCACUCGAAGAACCUCGUGUGUCGCCAGGACAGACCCAUGGCAGUGGGUUUCCAAGGCGAUCCCGGCAAGCUGAGUUGGUGACCUGUCCGAUGCAGUCCAUGGAGCUUAUCGCCGAUGUGAUAACGAUAGACGAGACCCACCCACAGUAACAGUGACUUGUUUGUGAGCCAGUCCUCACUCGCUGCUUCCUAGCACUGAGGGGAGUAGCAGCUCUGCCAGGCUUCACCACGUGAACGGUGUUGCCAGCUUGUGUCGCCCUCGCAGCUCUCAGGCCCCGCAGACAGAAGAACAAGCAUCGCUCAGAAAAGGGAGGAAAGGAUCCGAGAAUACAAAAAUAUUAAUUUACCAAGCACCGUCAUCACGCAGAGACAUUGUCAGCAAUCCUAAGCAUGGGCAAGAGAAAAAUAGAAUUCUUACCGGACGGGGCCAUCGACAUGAAAGAAGUUCCAUUCUGGACAUCGGCCCGUCUGUGUCUGGCUGUCAUCGGCUUUCUCGGCUUCAUCUUCGUCUACGCCCUUCGCGUUAACCUGUCGGUCGCCGUCGUCUGCAUGGUCAACCGCACGGCCGUGGCCGCCAUCAGCAGAGACGACAACAGCAGUGCCGGCGUCGGCGACGAGGAAUGUGCCGCCCUCUCUACCGGAAAUGCCACGUCGGGUUCUUCGGUUGAGGACGGCAACAUAGAAUGGGACAAGAAGACUCAAGGCAUGGUGCUGGGCUCUUUCUUCUGGGGCUACCUAGCCUCACAGAUUCCUGCGGGCUGGCUGGCCACCCGGAUCGGCGGCAAGUGGUUGUUUGGGGUGGCCAUGCUGGUGGCAGCCCUGCUGACCAUCAUCACGCCCGUGGUGGCAGAAAACACCUUCGUAGGUCUAAUGGUGGUUCGCAUUCUGCUAGGAGCUGCUUCGGGCGUGACGUUUCCCGCCAUGCACUGCAUGUGGGGGUCAUGGGCGCCGCCACUAGAGAGAACAAAGCUGAUGGCCUUUACCUAUGCCGGUGCACAGGUGGGCAACAUAAUUACCUUUCCUUUGGCCGGCUUCUUAUGCAAAUAUGGCUUCGCAGGGGGAUGGCCUUCAAUCUUCUACGUCAUAGGUGGGGUGGCGUUGCUGUGGGUGGUGGUGUGGAUGUUGUUCACCAGUAAUACUCCAGCACAGCAUCGCCGCAUCACCGACAUCGAGCGACGCUACAUCCAGUCCAGUCUGCAAAGUAACGACACUGACGACACCAAGAGGCCGAGCAUACCCUGGCGAGGGAUCGCCACAUCCAUGCCCAACUACGCCAUCAUCGUCAGCAACAUCACUUCCGACUGGGGCGCCUACACCCUGCUGACGAGCAUCCCUACCUACAUUAGCGAGGUCCUCAAAUUCGACAUAGCCUCGAACGGACUGGUCUCGGCGCUGCCCUACAUCGGGAUGUGGGCCACGAUGAACAUAUCCGGGUGGCUGUCAGAUCUCCUUCGCCGCCAUCGACUUUUAAGCACUGGGAAUACCCGGAAACUGAUGGACGCUUUUGGGAAGGUGGUGGCUGGGUUGCUGCUGGUGGGGCUCGGGUACGUGGACUGCACACAGCCGGCAGUCGCUAUCGCUCUACUGGUGCUGGGUGUCUCCAUCGCCGGCUUCCAGUACAGCGGUUUCCUAGUCAACCACGUCGACAUCGCCCCGGCCUUCGCCGGCAUCCUCUUCGGCAUCUCCAACUCCAUCGCCGCGGUCACGGGAUUCCUCUCGCCCGUCGUUGUCGGCAUCAUCACGGAGGAGGUAUGCUACGAGGCGGAAUGGCAGAUCGUCUUCUACGUCGCGGCCGCAAUUUACCUGUUCGGCGCCAUCUUCUACGUUAUCUUUGCCUCCGGGGUGCUGCAGCCGUGGGCCUCGGGGGCCUCCAAGACACUGGAGGUGGAUGACGGAGGGCUGGCGAUGGCGGAGUCCCCCGUGGACAAGGGAGACAAUGACGUCGAGCAGAAGGAGCGCCUGAUGAGGAAUGUGACGAACGACAGACUCUAACACCUGGCGAAAACGACAGACUCUAACACCUGGCGAAGUAUCUAACGAGUGACAGGUUCUAACAGAACUCUUUGCCAUCUGGUCCGCAACAUGUCAACCCGUCUCUCCCUUGAAUCCCUCAGCUGUCCCUGCCUGCACUGUUGUGGAGGGUGUGUUUUGAAAUAACUGACACCACACUGAUGCUACUUUUGUUUUCGUGAAAACUCACAACAAUCAGGAAAACUGUUGCCACCUUCAUCUUUGUAACCCUUGAGUUGGCAUUUUUUCUUUGUUUAGCUUCAGGAAUGAUAUAGCCGACAUGACAGGAAGGUGGACUGAGAGAGAGCAGGUUCAAUUUUUUCUGUUGCUUUUGCUUUAGUCUCUGUUUUAAUUUUUUUUUUUUUUUUUUUUUUUGUUUGGUGGAUUUGCCUGUGGAAGAUUUCGUCAGCCAGCAAAGGAACGAUCAGGCAAGACAUUUUCUCCUGGCUUAGCCUCAGCCACUUAGGAUGAGGGACUGUUCGCAGGAAGGCAGGGCUGACCAGCAAUUUCAACAUUUCAGAAGUUGUGAACAGACUGAAAGAAGGCGUAGGUGGCUCAUGCUGAGCAUCUACACAGAAAAGAAAAGAAGAUUACAAAAAAUGUUGUAGGGUGCAUUUACACUUACAACUGUGCCGCGUAAAAUUUUUAAUGACUUUUAUAUAUUUAUUUUAGUAAUAUUCAAUUGUAAAACAACGCGUGCGCCUGUUUGAUGGUCGCUGUUGCAUUUCUACGAAGCUAGUGAGGAAGUAUGACAUAAAAAAAGGAAAAGCUGUGGUCAAAGCUCCAGCCGGUGACUCUGGCUGUCACCUGACCUCCUCACCAGCUGCGUGCGGCUGUAGCUUCAGUCUGUUAUUUUCAUCUUUGGCAAAUUUUAUUGUCGUUUUGUUUUAUACAUUUAUUUUACAAUCUUUACUAUACCUUUGCAUUUUGGGUGAUGGUUUUGGGGUGGUUGGUGUGGUGGCUAGUGGGCAGCACAGCCGGUAUCGACAGGUGUGUCAAGGUGCUAGUAUUGUCAGCUGCUUAUUUUACCGCUGGAUGCGUCGUUGUUACAGCUGGAGAACUUGUCACAGUGCGUUUGAGUUAUUUAUUUUUUAUUUAUUUAAUUUUGAAGCGACUGAGGUAGUAUCAGAGGUAACGGACGGGUGAAUUGCGAGACAUUAAAGAUGAUUAGGGGAAUAAAUGAUGAGCCUGACCAACGUAUAUGGAUUUUGUAAAAAAAAAAUAAAUAAAUAAAAACAAGAACAAAGCAAAAUAAAAGAGAGAGAUUCUCUUUAACGUUUGUCUAUAGAGUCGUUAUAUGUAGGAACAAAGACAGAAGUGAUGAUUGACUACUGAAUACUGGAACAAGUAUGAAACGAUGAAUUUGAAUAACUGAAGCCAAAUUAUAAAUUCACUCCCCAUGUUCUGUACGGAUUAAAAUAUAAAUUGUUCAUACGUUUUAUUCAAACUUCUUUGAAGUGGUAGACCUUUCUGUGUGGUUUUUAAAUUACAUUUAAGUUACAUGGUGCUUUGAUUGUUGUCGUUGCUAUGUUUCCCACACACAUAUCAGACACCUACCUGAGGAGCUGUUCAUUGUGAUCUAGUCUUUUGUCAACAAGUUUGGCUCGAUGUCAAACACCAACAGACUUGCAUAUUGUUGGAUUACAUUCAUUCUGUCGGUGUGUCUAACGACUUUUUCAUCGUCAUCGUUAGUCUGUGCUAUAAAUGGUACUUAAUUGAAAAUUGUCUGCCCUUGUCAUUUGUUUCCUAUUAUCAACAAGGUUCUGAUUGUGUAAAUUAGUUUUAGUCGAGAUAAUUACGAUUUUUAGCGACUUAAUUUUUUAAUUUUUAUAUAGAAAUCUUAUGCUAUUUGAAAUUUACAUUUUUUAGAAGAAAUUUGCGCGGCGUCAACAGUUUGUUUACAAGUGUUUGUGAGAGAAAGAGAGAUGAGCUUUGGAAGCAUAAUUUUUAGUGUGGGUGAUAUGAACUUUUUCUUGCUUUCUAGUAAACUUAAUUGCACUCGUGUUGCCAGGUGCUUGAAAGUCUUCCAUUUGUUUUUUUUUCUGUCCCUUGCAGAGUGUGUGCGAUAUUUGUGUUGUGAGGUGUUGGGAGUUUACUAGAGGAUGUUGUAUCUAGGGACAUGAACCAUCAUGCACGACGACAGUUGCAUUUAUAUGAGUUGUUAUGUUUGACCGCAGUACUUCAGGACUGUGUUGUACUUAAGCGCGUGCCUGUGGCGAGCCAGCAUUUUCCGAAGCCAAGCUCCUCUGAUUGGCUGCCUUGCCCUCCCCAUCCCUGGUCCUGUCCCCCAGUACACAACUGGCAUGGUUUGCAACACCUGUUAUUGAAUCUGUCAGUAUACUUCUAUAUACCAGCUCGUGAACCGUUCAUCCUCUUUCUUGAUGACGGACUUUUGUAUGUUUACAAUUGAAUACUUGUUUACAGAUACCGCAGGAAACGGACAAAGAUUAUUUUUAUUAGAUUGCACGUAAAAACGUGUUGACAAGAGUAUGUGUGUAUAUAUAUCAUCUGUACUGUCAUAUGUAGGUAAAUGUGUGUUGACCGAAGACUUUGCAAAAUAAUGUUACUGCAUUAAUGUGUUUUAUUUCUCUAUUGUAAGUGGUUUCCAAUAUUUUUGAAUUUGCUGAAUCUCAUUAGAAAUUAUGUCAAUAUAUUCGUCUUUUUAGCUUUGUUUUGAGGAGUGUCACAUAUCCAUAUCUGGUAAAGGGUGUUUUCACGAGCACUUGUAAGCAGCAGUUGUGGGUGGGUUUAUUUUGUGUGUGUGUGUGUGUGUUGCCCAUGUCCCUGGGGCAUUUAUCAAGCAAUGCUUAUUCUAUUUCAGUGUGGCCUUGUGCGUGCGUGCGUGCACCCUUGCAUCUUAAAGUAUGGCGGCGUGGUAGAUUGGGACUUCUUUGCAUGAUAUAUGACAGCUAUAUUCUAUUUUUGUGUGCUUUUACAUUGAAAUGCCUUGCCAACCAUAGUCACGGUGCAGUCUUUGAUUAUAAUCAUGCCUGAUGGAGAAUUAAUUUGCCAUUGCUUUCUUUUUCUUCGCUUUUUUUUUUUUUUUUUUUGGCAGGGGAAUAAAUUUUGUUUUGAAAUUCGCA